CACUGCCUCUCGCGGGGCGCUGGCCGGUUGCCACAGGCUCACGCACCCUGAAGCGCACCCCUGUGAUGUGGGAGCCUCAGGCCGCCACAGCGCUGUUGCCGUGGAAGAACUGGAGAGAGGCUGGGGGCCCAGCUCCCUUUAGCGCGAGCCGGGAAGAUUCGCUCUCAAAAGCGCCUCUCCUCCAGAUCCGCCGCGAAUUUUUUCCCUCCCCCCAAAUACCUCCCACCCCCCGUCGACGCUGAUUUAUUUCGCUCGACUCUCCCACUCCUUCUUUCUUCCUCCUCCAUCUCUCCAUCUCCCCUCACUUCUUUCUUUUCAAGGGAAAGUUUUUGCACAGCCGUCAUCAUGUCUGAGCAACCCCAGAAGGUUUUGGGCAUGCCGCCCUUCUUGGCCGACUUCUUGAUGGGUGGUGUUUCCGCCGCCGUCUCGAAGACCGCCGCCGCCCCCAUUGAGCGUGUCAAGCUCCUGAUCCAGAACCAGGAUGAGAUGAUCAAGCAGGGUCGUCUUGACCGCAAGUACAACGGCAUUGCCGAUUGCUUCAAGCGCACCAUGGCCGAUGAGGGUGUCAUGUCCCUGUGGCGAGGCAACACUGCCAACGUCAUCCGAUACUUCCCCACCCAGGCCCUGAACUUCGCUUUCCGUGACAAGUUCAAGAAGAUGUUCGGCUACAAGAAGGAGAAGGAUGGCUACGCCUUGUGGAUGGCUGGUAACCUUGCCUCCGGUGGUGCUGCCGGUGCCACCUCCCUCCUCUUCGUCUACUCCCUGGACUACGCCCGUACUCGUCUUGCCAACGAUGCCAAGAACUCCAAGGGUGGAGGUGAGCGUCAGUUCAACGGUCUCGUUGACGUCUACCGCAAGACCCUCGCUUCCGACGGUAUUGCCGGUCUCUACCGUGGCUUCAUGCCCUCCGUCGCUGGUAUCAUCGUCUACCGUGGUCUCUACUUCGGCAUGUACGACUCCAUCAAGCCCGUCCUCCUUGUCGGCAGCCUCGCCAACAACUUCCUUGCUUCUUUCGCUCUUGGUUGGGUCGUCACCACUGGUGCCGGUAUCGCCUCGUACCCUCUUGACACUAUCCGACGACGCAUGAUGAUGACCUCCGGUCAGGCCGUCAAGUACAAGAACACCCUCGAUGCCGCCCAGCAGAUCGUUGCCAAGGAGGGUGUCAAGUCCCUCUUCAAGGGUGCCGGUGCCAACAUCCUCCGUGGUGUUGCCGGUGCUGGUGUCCUGUCCAUCUACGAUCAGCUCCAGGUCAUCCUCUUCGGCAAGGCCUUCAAAUAAGCGCCUUAGCCCUCACAUCUGUAUAGAAUCGGUGUGUAUUGGAGAGGUGGGGAUGGGAGAGACUUCCGUCUACUAGCGUGACACGGUGUCCGCUGGUUGACAAAAAAGGGCGAGAUCGAAGUGCAGGAAGAGGGAGGUUGUAACGGAUACCCACAAGUGGUUCUCUGCAAUAGUAGCUCUUCGCGGGUUAGACUGGCAUAGGCAUGGCGUCUUUUUCUCAUCUUGCAAUGCCUACCUUUCUAGGUCGCUGUAAUUUAUACACCCAAGCAAUUUCCCUUGAGA